AUGGUUACCGAUAUGGAGCUGCAAUUUUUUCAAGGCAUACAGUGGGUAAAAUUUGCUUUUGAUGCUGCCGGACGAUACACAAGGUUUAAUGAAGAGUUGCCAACAACUUUGCCGCAGCGUCGAGCUGGUUUUCAGGAGUAUGUUGCUGAUACGCCUAUUACUGAACAUGGAUAUUCGUUGGCAGUGAAAUGUGGUGAGAACUUCGUCAAAAAUGGAUAUACGAUAGACGUUAUUUAUGCCUCUCCUGCUUUCCGAUGCAUUCAGACUGCUCAAGGGAUUCUUGAUGGUAUGAAAAACAGCAAUCCCAUCUGUGUUGAACCUGGUUUGUUUCAAUGGACACGCUGGUGUAAACAUGGAAUAAUGCCCGUAUGGCUUGAACCUGAAGAAUUAAAGCUUGAUGGUUAUAAUGUGGAUACAUCUUACAAGGCAUUUGAUUCCAUUGAGGGUUUGGAUAUGAAGGAAACUUUGGAGGAUUACUACCAGCGUUCAUACCAACUAGUAAAGAAAAUUUUAAAUAGGCAUACCGAAGGAUCCAUCUUGCUUGUGGCUCAUGCAGGGUCUCUAGAUACUCUAACAAGGCAACUUUGCGGUGGUGCACCAUUAUCCAGGGAAUCAUUUUCGGCUUUUCUUCACAAAACUUCUUACCUUUCCUGCUGUUGUGCAGAUGAGCGUCCCGAUAACAGUUGGAAAUUCAUCGAUUCACCUAUACCACUUUUGGCAUAUACAGGUUUAGAUAACUGCGAUGAGUAG